AUGUCCAAAACGCUCUACGCGCUGUACGAGUCGCCGACGGGCUACGCCAUUUUCAAAAUUCGCACGACGGAGGAGAUCGGCGCCGAGAAUGUGGUACUGCAGAAGACGCUGCAGGACUUCAGCACCUUCUCUCCGUGGGUGAAGCUCGUCUCCUUUGCACCGUUCGAGUCCCCCGAGAACGCUCUCGAGGACGCCGUGUGCAUCUCUGAGAACCUGAUCAGCGCGUUCCUCAGCAACUUCCUCACCGCCGCCUUCGCAAAGAAAGUUGCCAAGGAUGAGGCCAACUGGGAGCUCGGCGUGCAGGACCCAAAGCUGGGCAGCGCCAUCCAUGACGAGCUCAACAUCCCGGUCUUGUGCAACGAGAACGUAGCCGAGAUUUGCCGCUGCAUCCGCCUCCACGCUGAAAAGUUGCUGCCGGAGCACAACGAGGGUGAUGUGCCGCGCGCGCAGUGCGGUCUGGGACAUGCGUUCUCGCGCAACAAGGUAAAGUUUAACGUGCACCGCAGUGAUAACAUGAUCAUCCAGGCCUCGGCGCUGAUGGAGCACAUGGACAAGGGUGUGAACCUGCUGGGCAUGCGGGUGAAGGAGUGGUACGGCUGGCACUUCCCUGAGCUGGCAAAGGAGGUUCCGGAGCCACUCAAGUACGCCAACGUGGCGCUGCUCAUCGGCAACCGCUGCUCACUAGAGGAGGCGCCGGAGGAGGACAUCAAAGCGAGGCUGGGCGACAUCCUCGAGGGCGACGAAGCGCUUGCGGCGCGUGUGUACGAAAAGGCGGUGACGUCAAUGGGCGGCGACAUGGCAGAGGUGGACUGGGACUGCAUCCGCACCUUUGCUAAGCGCGUUGCCUCGUUGGGUCAGUACCGUGUUGCCCUGGCGCAGUACCUCGUGGAUAAGAUGAUGCUGGUGGCCCCGAACCUGACACAGCUGAUGGGGCAGACCAUUGGCGCUAAGCUCAUCUCCAAGGCCGGCUCCCUCACGAACCUCGCCAAGUCCCCGGCCAGCACCAUCCAGAUACUCGGUGCCGAGAAGGCGCUGUUCCGAGCACUCAAGAAGAAAAAGGGCAACACCCCCAAGUAUGGCCUCAUCUUUCACUCCUCGUUCAUCCAGCGGGCGUCGAAAGAGCACCGUGGCAAAAUUUCGCGCUACCUUGCCAACAAGGCCGCGCUCGCUUGCCGCAUUGACUGCUUCAUGGAUGCUCCGCCGACCGUCUUUGGUGAGAAGCUACGCGAGCAGGUCGAGGCUCGCCUGAAUUUCUUUGACACAGGUAACAAGCCUCCGAGCAACAAGGCCGCGAUGGCUGAGGCACUGGAGCAGUACCAGCGCAUCCUCCGCAAACGUGACCGCAAACACGCAGAGAAGGACGUCGAGGAGACUCCGAAGGCAAAGAAGAGCCGCAAAGUCGAGGCCUCCGAAUAA